AUGUGUGUUUGUGUGUGUGCGAUAAUGUAACGGGCAAAACCGGCAACCCGGAAUCGACGUGACGGACGGGACACGGACACUGUGGUUCGUGCUUAUCAGUGCCUAUCGGCAACACCAGCGCGCAACUUCCAGCUCCAGUUGUUUGCGUUGCGUGUUGCACCGUUUGUUGUGCUGCCCUACGGAAACCAGAUACCCCGUUUCGGGUGAUCACAUUGAACUGUGUGUCUUGUGUUUCGGUGCUGCUCGGCUGAGGCGUCCUUAAGAUAUCGCUGCAGUGUGCAAGUGCAGUUCUACGGUAUCCGGCUCAGUGCGCUGUUCCACACGUAUGUGUGACAUGUGGGCAUCGUAUCGCCCAAACACGAUCCCAGUGCAAUGGUAAUGAGCGAGCCACACUUGUCGAUGACAUUUCCUGUGGCGAUUGACAUUUUUCAGCGUGAUUAAAAAAAACCCCUUGCUAUCACGGUGGCUCCCCCCCCCAGCAUCAGCCCGAGAGCCCGAUAAGAUACGCGAAUACGAGCGGGGUGGUGGUUUCGGUUUUCUUGUCUAUAAUCAGUGUAGUGGCUGUAGCUUUGCGAACGCGUACUCUCUUAGGCAGCGUUAGAUCAGUGUAGUGGAGAAAAUCAAGCUUUGGUGCAUACUUUUACAUUACGAAACAAACGAGGGAGAGUUAAAAAAAAACAUCAGAAAGCACCACCAAAGGGCGUAAGAACUCCAGCCGCCCGGUGGCGACACGAGCCAGGUGUAUUUAGGGUUUGAAAGCGACGAUGACGAUCACGGGAAGCAGUAAUGGGGGCGGUGGUGGCGGCGGUAUGAGACCGCUAAAAGUGACGACCGUCGGGGACGGUAUGGUCGGAAAGACCUGUAUGCUCAUCACCUACACGCAGAACGAAUUCCCCAGCGAGUACGUCCCGACCGUGUUCGAUAACCACGCGUGCAACAUCGUUGUGGACGGUGCCGAUUACGCGCUUACCCUGUGGGAUACGGCGGGCCAGGAAGAUUACGAGCGAUUGCGACCGCUCAGCUAUCCGAAUACCGAUUGUUUUCUCAUCUGCUACUCUAUAUCGAACCGCACAUCUUUCGAUAACGUGCUGUCCAAAUGGUACCCAGAGAUAAGACAUUUUGCACCCUCCGUUCCAAUCGUGCUUGUCGGCACCAAGAGCGAUCUGCGAGUUCCCGGGUCGGAAAAGUUCGUCACCACGGCCGAGGGCAAAAAGUUGAAGCACAAAAUCAAAGCCUACGCCAUGGUGGAGUGUUCCGCGAAACGGAAGCUUAACCUCGCGGAAGUGUUCGACGAGGCGGUACGGGCGGUCGAGAAGAAACCGCACGCGGGACCACGGAUCUGCACGAUACUAUAGUUUAGGCGUUAGGAUGGUUAGCUAAAUCUGGUAGAUUGAUCUUAGUAUGGGGCUGCGAGAUGGUACACAAUCAGGGGUGACGACGUUUUACAGGUAUUGAGGUUUGAUGAUAGGUAAAAUUUGUACUCACGUGAGCACCUACGCAUAAAAAAGGCGAGUGGCUCUUUGAGCGACUGUUGUUUGAUAGUAAAGGGAAAUUAUAAGUGCACUUGACCCAUACCAACCGGGAGAGCACACGUGAAACGUUGAUUUUUUUUUGUUGCAGUAUUGGUUAUAAUAGUGUAGCAGUAAUGAUUGUGCUGAAAUUGUGCAAAAAGUUGCGCCACAUUGCUGGGAUUGUUUCACUAGAAGCUCACCCGCCGUUUUUUUAUCGGGCGUUUGCCAUAACAAAAAAGCACUGUUGUAUUUUUCGGAAGUAUUCAUACACAGCAUUAUAGUAGAGUGAAAAGCGUGCUUUUUUUCUACAGCAAAAGCAAACGCCUUUUUCUGCGUUUUUCCUGUUUAUUACCGAUCUGGCUAAUAGCUGUUGCCAAACGUUACUCAGCGAUAGUGCUUCUUCACUAGCAGAGUGAUUAACUACUGAAUCGAUAAAGCGUACAGAUCAUUUUAAAAGCGUAUAGUUAGCAGAGGAAAGCGCGAUUGUUAAAGAAUGUUUAUGGUGAUAUCGAAAAGGGGGAGAAAGAAGCGAUAAGAAGUGUUAAGAUUAGCGAGAAGCAGCGUGGUGGGAACGAUAGAUAAACGGUACGGCCGACACUACCAAUUAAGGCUUGCACUUGUACUGUAUGCUCGUUUUACAUAUUUGUUAAAUAAACUAGUCAUUUUAAGCUGAAUGAAACAAAUAAAUCAGUUAAUUGUUAUUCGAUUGUA